CGCCAUGGCCGGCCGUGCGCUGAACGUGAACGUGGGGGUGCUGGGGCACAUCGACAGCGGCAAGACGGCGCUGGCCAGGGCGCUCAGCACCACCGGCUCCACCGCCGCCUUCGACCGCGCCCCGCAGAGCCGCGCCCGGGGCAUCACGCUGGACCUGGGCUUCUCCUGCCUGCGCACCGCGCUGCCGCCGCAGCUGGGCCCGGGGCCCGGGGAGCUGCAGUUCACGCUGGUCGACUGCCCCGGGCACGCCUCCCUCAUCCGCACCAUCAUCGGCGGGUUCCAUCUGAGCCGUGUGUCAUCGCACAAAGGGUACUCCAGUGCCCAGAUUAUCGAUUUGAUGAUGCUUGUAAUAGAUGUGACAAAAGGGAUGCAGACACAGUCAGCAGAGUGCUUGGUAAUUGGGCAAAUUGCCUGCCAGAAGAUGGUGGUGGUUCUGAACAAAAUAGAUCUCCUUCCAGAGGGAAAGAGACAAAGUGCCAUUGAGAAGAUGACUAAGAAAAUGCAGAAGACCUUGGAAAAUACCAAAUUCUGUGGGUGUCCUAUUGUUGCUGUUGCAGCAAAGCCCGGUGGACCGGAAGCCCCAGAGUCUGAGAAUCCACUGGGUGUUUCCGAAUUAAUUGAGGUCUUGAAGUCUCAGGCGUACCUGCCAUCGAGAGACCCCUCAGGACACUUCCUUAUGGCAGUCGACCACUGUUUCUCUAUCAAGGGUCAAGGCACAGUGAUGACAGGGACCAUUCUUUCUGGCUCUGUUAGCCUUGGUGACAGUGUGGAGAUUCCUGCCCUGAAGGUGACAAAGAAAGUCAAGUCCAUGCAGAUGUUCCAUACUCCUGUGACUUAUGCUAUGCAGGGUGACAGAGUAGGUAUCUGUGUAACCCAGUUUGAUCCCAAACUGCUGGAAAGAGGCCUGAUUUGCACCCCAGGUUCACUUCACACCAUCCAUGCUGCAAUAAUUUCCUUGAAGAAAAUCCAGUAUUUUCGAGGAGCUCUUCAGACUAAGGCCAAGUUCCACAUCACAGUUGGUCAUGAAACAGUUAUGGGAAGAGUGAUGUUUUUCAGUCCAGCCCCUGCUGACUUCAAUGAAGAAAUUCAAGAAAAUGUUUUUGAUUUUGAAAAAGAUUAUCUUUAUCAAGAGCAAUAUUUGUCCAAGGACUCAGUUUCAUCAGAGGAGAACAAAGAAAAUGACCAGGCGGGAGAAGUCCAGCUCCCAAAACAACAGUGGGCUUUGCUAGAGUUUGAAAAACCAGUCACUUGUCCUAAACUGUGCCUUGUGAUCGGCUCCAAGCUGGAUACAGAUAUUCACGCAAAUACCUGCAGGCUGGCGUUCCAUGGGGUACUGCUCCAAGGCAUGGAAGACAAGAACUACACAGAGACUUUCCUUCCAAAGCUGAAAGUGUACAAACUGAAGCACAAAGAAGGACAAGUGGAAAGGGUGAUGGACGACUACAGUGUGAUUGGUCGUUCGCUGUUUAAAAAGGAAACAAACAUCCAGAUUUUUGUGGGUCUGAAAGUGAAACUGUCUACAGGAGAAGAUGGAAUAAUAGAUGGUGGGUUUGGACAAAGUGGUAAAUUUAAAAUCCGAAUUCCAGAUGGACUGAAGCCAGAUACCAAGAUGCUUCUUACUGUUGCCUCCAAGAAGAAAUCUAAGGGAGGGAAGGGGGAUAUGACCAAGGAAGAUGAAAGCAGCAAGAAUGAUUCAGCCCAACCUGUUACUAUCUCUCUUAGCUUUAAGAGAUAUGUCUUUGACACGCAGAAGAAAAUGAUUCAGUCCUGAGAAAGUAAGGGAGGCCUCUAAUAGCACCUGAAAGUCUGGACUGAAAUGAUUUCAGGUGGAAUGUAUUUCUUUUCUGAACACAUUAGACUUGUUCCUUCUUCACCAACAGAGCCUGGAAGUUCCUGCUGAUUAUAUGCCCCCUUCCACGAUCUCUGCAUUCUCAUAUUGUUCUGUUAGAAUUUGCUUAUUUUGUCAUCUUUGUGAUGUGAAUCUUUAUGGCAUCUCAGAUAAUGUCACCUGCCAGAGGAGCACAUUUGGGUGUACAUUGUAAUUGCACUGUUUUUCUGGGGAACUGUGUUGAAGUUUCUCUUGAUUUAGAAGUUUGCCACCAGUAUAAAUCUAAAUCAAGUCAGGAUGUGAAUUUCAUGUGACCCACAAAGUGAAGCUGAUUAUUCUAGGCUUACUUCCCUGAGCAAAGCGGGAGACAGAAAGCACACAGUUUAAUAGGUGAAACCUAAAAUGGAUGUUUCACAUUCCUUCAGCUGCAACUAUGUAAGAUGCUAUCUGAGAGAUGGUAUGGAUGUUUUUUAUAAAUAUGAUUUAUAUCUAGAAAUGUUUUUCAUAUUAAACAUAAUAAUGUGUGUGACUGAGAGUCUUAAUUAUUCUGUUUGCUGUUCCAAAGGUUCAGAACCUAUCUUCAGUGACAUUUUAUAUAACUUUUCUGAAUUUCCUGCCUGUUCUGCAGAGAAUCCUAUUCCAGAACUGGUUUUUGUUGUUGUUGGAUUUUUUUGUAACCACAAUGUCUUUUGUGUGUGAAAGAAAAAGUUGCCUCUGGAAAUAGUCAAGGGCUUUAUUUCAUUAAAAUAAUGAUAGAAGAUUGCUGCAUAAGCCUUGUAAAAUGAAUAUCUCCACGAUGCUUUAGAAACCAUUAGUUGUUUAAUAGGGAUUUCAUGGCUGCUUUAGUUCUUCCUCUGUUUCGUGUCCUAGGCUCGUAAAAAGGAGAGCACUGGUAAUAUCCCUUCUUUGUUACGUACAAACCACCUUAACGUGAAGACUCACGACAGUUCUACAGAUACAAAAGCUGUGGUGUGGAACAGAAAUUGGACUUGGGCUUGUCAGCAUGGAAAAUGUUAGUUCCUGCCUUUUGAACAAAAGGAGUACCUCUUGUUGAUGCUAAAUAGCAACCUCUGACCCAUUCACUGAAGUCAGCCAUAGACAGUGACCAUGGGUAUAAUGUAAGUGCAUUACUUGCACGUGGAAGUAAACAACUAAUAAAUUACUGCACUCAUUAAUCAUGAAUUAUUAUAUCCAUUGGUGGGCAUCAGUCCAUCAUGCUAACACGAUCCUGAUUUUUUUCAAUCUUUUCCUUUUAAUUUCCAGGUAACCAAAGCGGAUGCAAAUGACAAAACUGUCAGCUAUUGAGAGGAUAUUUACAGCUGGACGGGAGACAAGACAAGUCUGGUGUCUAAACUAGGUUCAUGGUGCCCCUUUAAAUCAGAACAGAAUUAGUGCUUUCUGUAAUAAUCCCAAACAGUUUCUGCUGAGUGAGUCCCAGCAAAGCUUUAGCACAUCCCUUAAGAUUAUGGGGUAUGCUUUCAGUGUGAUCCCAGAGGAAUUAGGCAGGCAACUUCAGCUGUGGCUUAGCGUGACUUGCGCUGCCAGCCUUGCUGGAAAAUGUAUCCUUCUGUAAUGGAAAAAAUGCAUUUCACACCCCUGUCACCUCUCCUUCCCCAUUUCUCACUUCUUCCCAGACACCCCCAAAGGCAGUCUUUGGGAAGAAAAUUUAUAAUGUUAUCUUUCUUUCAAGCCUUUAUCAAAUCCUGUUUUGUACUCUGCACUGUUACCUCUGCCUAAGAUGCUGCAGUGAUGGAACCAGAGAAACAGAUGACAUAGAAGGAAUGGUGUUAUUAGCAUCCCAGGUUAGUCUAAGAAUUAUUGAUAGAAAAAAACCUUCUCAUAAAAAAAAAAAAGAAAAUGAAUUGUUAAGGAACUUCUACUUGUAUCUGUGUAGUUCUAGUGUGAAUGCCAAAUUUUAAAUGGGUUGCUAAAUUCUGCCAGCUCUGGAGAAUUAGAAAGAAAAGGAGAGUGAUCAGGAGAGGUGCUUUCAGAGUUGUUAGCCUUGCAGUUACAGGUUUUUGUCUUCCUCAUUUCUAAGGCAUUUCUGAGUAGUUCUGGAGAAGAGGCUGUCAGUGUAAAUGGGAAUAUGUAUUUUUACAAAGGACUACCUAAUUAAUGUUUUACCCCCCUGCACUGUGGAUUGGCCAGUGAGUCUGCUGUUAUGGAACUUGGUCUCUGAAAACUCGUUAACCCUGAGCAGUAGAUUAGCAGCCCUCUGCUUGGCUGAAAGGACCCCUAGUGCUGAGCAUCCCAUGGUUUAUUUGCUUGGGGUACUCCAAGGGAGGGAACAGCAACAACUUCCAGAGUUGGACCUCUAUCCUUUUCUUGUCCAGUCUCUUGUAAACAUACUUUUAAAAUCUUCCCCCAAUCUUCCAUCUCAUUUCCAGACUAGCAUACUAACUCAGCAUUUUCCUUCCGUCCCCUCAGUUCAAGACCUAACCUCCUCCUCAGUCCUCCUGUUUGCUAUCAUUGCUUCUCCUUGCUCUGGCUCUGCCUUUGCCUCUGGAGAAGGAGAUGUAAAUUUGGGUGCUGGCAGGGCUCCCAACACCUGCUGUGGGAGCCCAGCAUGGUGGGGAAGGUUCCUUCCCUUCAGCUCACACCAGCCCCUGUGUGCGUUGAGUAGCUGCCUCUGUUCAGAGUCUCCUGGACAGCUACCACAGACCCACAGGAGCUGUGCUGAGGGGUGUGUGCUGUGCCUCACGAGUCCCUUCAGUUCCUACUGUAUCCUGUCCUUCUGCUUUGCCCCUGUUGCAAAGCCCCAUCUUCUCAUUUUGCUCCCCUUUGUUUGUGGGGGACGGAGAGCUGGAGAGGAAUCUGUUGAAGAUUGGGGCUUGGUUUUGUGUUUUUCCCAAUAUAGAAUUCCAAAAGGAGAACUUAAGUGUGCCUAAGAACUUUGAUUAUAAUGUGCUAUUACUGCAGAUCUCUGGCUGCUGUCCUGAGGCUGUUGGAUACACAUUUGAAAAAGGGUGAAAUGGUGGAACAAAAUGAUUAUGGGAAAAUCAAAGCUUUUAAAGACAUUUGUAGGAUGAACAGAUGUUCAAACAUUCUUUUAUUUGGUUUCCAGACAGACGUGGAGACUUUCCUUUCAUCCUCAUAAUCAGUGCAUUAUGCUGUAAUUUGUAAAAAUGGCAUUAAAAAAAUAUUAACAGGGUCAUAUUGUGAUCUACUGACUCUGUGUCAUUAAGCCGUGAAGUUAAGAACGGCAACUGGGAACAUGGGUUAAAUGUUGCAGAAUGUACUGUACUAGGAUACAUUGUCAGACUCUAUUAUAAUGAAUCCAAAAUGGAAUAAAGAUGUAAGGAGUGCUUUUUAA